UCAAAUAAGUAAUCUAGGGAAGCAUAUCUGCAUAUGUCUAUAGAAAGGGAAAAUUUGAUAUUUAUACAGAAUAAAGAAUAUUAAACGACUUUAUUUCUGUAUAAAAUCAUAUAUAUUCACAUCAUUAAUUAUUAAGGAUAAAUAAAUCAAUAAUAUUGUUUGGAAUAUGAAAUUGAGAGGGAGGGGUUAGCCAAGAAAAUGAAAUGAAACUCAGAAGGCAUUAUUAAUGUAGAAAAUUAAAGCAGUGGAGAGAAGAAACUGAAGAAUCUUGACUUUGCCCAUGCGGGAGGGGACCGUUAAUCCUACCUACAAGAUCCCCAGUCGAAGCAUACACAGUCCCAGCAGAGUAGGUUUUCCUGGGAAACAAACAGAGAAUAUUUGAGGACCAUGAACAAGCAAAAGAUGUGCAGAACUAAAGGAAGGAAGAAAGAAAAGAAAAGGCAAGAACAUCAAGAAUAUAUUAAUGUGUGUGUGCGCCUGUGUGUGGAAAAAUUAACAACCAGCCAGCCAGCCAGCCAGCCAGAAACUAUAUAUACACAUAACCAAACAAAACCAAUCAUUCGUACCACAUCUUCUUCACCUCUCUUCAUUUCUCUACUUCCCCCAGAGUACUUAGCGUCGAUCUUAUCGGGAAAUUCAUUGAAGAAAGAAAAGCUACACGCACGCACGCAUAUAGCUUAUAAGAUGGAGAGAUUGGAGAAAUUAUUAACAGCCGGGCGCCCAGAAUAUGAAAAUUUUGAACCCAAAACCAAAGUGAUUGAUCUUGGCGCUAUAGAACUGCUACUCAUAUAUCUACCAGGUUUCAAACAGUCGCAGCUGCGGCUUGAGCUAACCCCCAACCGGCUCUUCAAGGUCAGCGGAGAACGCCAGGUUGCGAACAACAAAUGGAGUCGGGUCGCCAAGGAAUACCCAGCUUCGGAGAACGGUGACUUGAGCAGAGUGACUGCUGAAUUUCAGACGGACGCACUGGUCAUCACACAGCCGAAACUAAUCGCCAAGGUGGUUGAUAAAGAAAAGCCGGCUGAGGCCGAAUCAAAUUCGCCUGCGCCUCCAAAAUCAGCUGAGAAGCCCGCAAAUGUUGAGGCACAGGCACAACCCAUGCAGAAAGAAGACGGAUCAAAGAAUUAUGGGAGAGUGAUUCCUGUAGUCGAUAUACCUCCAAUAAGUAUGCAGAAAUAUGGGAUAGAGCUCCCCGAACGGCACCCCAAAAAUCUGGAUGCGAAACUAAUCGCCAAGGAGGCUGAUAAAGCAAAGCCGGCCGGGGCCGAAUCAACAUCGCCUGCGACUUCAAAAUCAGCUGAGAAGCCCGCACAUGUUGAGGCACGGGCGCAACCCAAGCAGAAAAAAGAGGUUCUCGAGAUGACUGGAUAUGCGAUAGAGCUCCCCGAACGGCACCCCAAAAAUCUGGAUGCGAAACUAAUCGUCAAGGUGGCUGAUAAAGCAAAGCCGACCGGGGCCGAAUCAACAUCGCCUGCGACUUCAAAAUCAGCUGAGAAGCCCGCACAUGUUGACGCACAGGCACAGGCACAGGCACAGGCACAGCCCAAGCAGAAAGAAGAGGGAUCAAAUAAUAAUGGGAGAGCGAAACCUUUGGAAGAUCGUCCGUUGAAGCAGAAAGAGGAAUCAAAAAUGGCCGCGGCCCAGAAGGAAACGGAUGAGAAAAUGAAAGGAACUGUUGCUGAAGAUGAUGGAGCAGUGGUGGGAAAGGCAAGAAAGCCAAGUGAUGAUCAGAAGCAUAGAAAUGGAAAUGGAAAUUCAUUAGCCAGAAUUGGCGAGUGGACAAAGACAUUAGUGACGAUGAUAGGGAGCAAGCCCCGGAUGGUGGUGAACAUUGUUCUGGUUGUCGUGGUGGGCCUCCUGCUGGGGCUUUACAUUACAAGCUCUCCCAUGCCUGCCAAGUCCCAACAAUAAUGUUAAGCAUGAUUAAGAUAGAUGUCUGACAACAAUGAAAUGAUGAAUAA